GUCAGUAUCUUCUUUCUCCUUCAGUAAUAGAGUCAAUCUGUCCAUUUCUGCACAGCUAAGUCAAUUUUAUUAAUAGGUAAAUAACAUAAUUUUUCCUGCUCUUUAUACUGUAUAAACUCCUGGCACAUAAUAGCCCUGACACUUCAAAAUUGUUCUGCCCAUCAUCUUGUCUAGUGGCAACAUGCUUUCUUUUAACAGUACAAAAAAUUAUUCAUCUACCAUAUUUCUUAAGACAUUAAGGGCAUAUUUAGACAAAGAAGUCCUACAAAUUCCAGGAUUCCUCAACCAGCCACUAUAUAUAGGGUUGCAUUUAAAAUAUAAAAUACCCUCCAUCUAAAACUACCAAAUUAGCAUUAGACUCCUAGCAUCAUAGAGGAAACCCUCUGCAUUGCAUGGCAGUUGAUAUCUAGUAAUGCUGAGCAUUUUAACAGUCACAUCUCUUUUAUUUUAUUGCAUUUUCUCAACAUUGUGAAUGGAAACGUGAACUGUAGAAGGUUGUGUUUGUCCUCAACAUUCUUAACUAGUAGGGUGACUAAGGAUAGGUUCCCUUACAAAGGGGGCUUCUGGAAUGCCAUGGAGCAGAAGUAAAUUCUUCUGUUGUACCAUUAACCUAGAAGAAAUUCAUCAACCAUAACAGCCUAAAAUAGUAAUACGAAAUGUAUUUCCUUAGACGUAUGCCCCACUUGAUUCAGUGGGAAUUACUUCCAAGUUGGUGUGCAUGCAACUCCAGCCUAUAGCUGACUAAAGGCCAUAAUUUUCUUAAUGUUAUUUGUUGCUGUUGUAGCUCUUGUGCUAAUAUAGCAGACCUGUCUGGAGGUAAGAGAAGAAGCAUGGACCUGGACCUAUGAGAAGGAAGAGAUUGGAUUCUGCACUUUAGGCAUACAGAUUAUUAUUCCUGAGGCAAACCUCAGUGGUAGCAUCAUCAACAAAAUGAGUCCGCAAGCAAAAGUAUUAUGAUUCACUGGAAUAUGUCCAACAACUGUUUCCGCUGGUGGGAAGCAACCUAAGGGGCCAAAAUGUAACAACUACCCCAAUGUCACUGAAGGAAUUGGACUUCCAGACCAGAACACAGGGCAAUUCUUCAGACCAUCCGUAGACGUCAUCCUCCCGUGUCAGUUUCCCCAUGCACAGCCCGUGUUCGGUCCUGCCAUGGCACAGGCUCCUUACCCAUUUGAGAAGGGAAUUAUUUACCCCACACUCUCCCGGCGUUCCAGCAGCGACAUCAGCACUGCUAACCAUCUCCUGCUGAGCAGGCAGAACCGGCUGGUAAAUGGGAACUACCAAGGCUUCCGCACCUCCUCCCCCAUGGGAAGAGUCAUCCUCAUCAAUACACCUCUUGAAGCUAACAGCGAUGAGAGCGAUGCCAUCCAUGCCAUUACAGUGGAAAAGAGUGCAGACGGGAAGCUGGGCUUCAGUGUGCGUGGGGGCUCAGAGCAUGGCCUGGGUAUCUUUGUCAGCAAGGUGGAAGAGGGCAGCAGUGCAGAACAGGCUGGGCUGUGUGUUGGAGAUAAAAUCACAGAGGUGAACAGUGUGAGCCUGGAGAACAUUACAAUGGGAAGUGCAGUCAAAGUCCUGACAGGGAAUAACCGGCUGCGAAUGGUCGUGAGACGCAUGGGCAAGGUGCCAGGGAUAAAGUUCUCCAGAGAAAAGACCACAUGGGUUGAUGUGGUAAACAAACGCCUGGUUGUAGAAAGGAGUGGUUCAAUUCCAUCAGAUACCAGCUCUGAGACUGGAAGACGGCGGAUUGUCCACCUCUACACCACCUCUGAUGACUACUGCUUGGGUUUCAACAUCCGUGGAGGAAAGGAAUACGGUCUUGGUAUCUAUGUCUCUAAAGUGGAUCCUGGAGGGCUGGCUGAGCAACAUGGGAUCAAGGUGGGCGACCAAGUCCUUGCAGCCAAUGGAGUCAAGUUCGAUGACAUCAGCCAUAGCAAGGCAGUGGAAGUGCUAAAGGGGCAGACCCACAUCAUGCUCACCAUCAAGGAGACAGGGAGGUUCCCGGCAUACAAGGAAAUGGUGGCUGAGUACUGCUGGCUCAACAGAUUGACCAAUGGCCAGUUGCAGCAGCUGUCCCAGACCUCUGAAUCAAGUUCAUCCGUGUCAUCCUAUUCCUCAGGGACCCCCUUCAGCUCUAUGAAUGGCCUUUUUAUGGGCCCCGUUCCCAGCUCAGCACCAACCUGCAUGGUGGAUGUUGGCAUCUCCACUGAACUGCCCGUUCAGAGUGGCUCUUCAGAGAAGGCAGAGACUGCCAUGCAGACUGAUCCACUGCCUGAUGGAGCCUCCUUUACAGGGAGCCUCUUGACUGAGACCCGUCGGAUUGUGCGACCCAUGGAAAUCCUGAAAGACACAGCCAUCCGCACAGAGAGCCCCAAAGAUCCCUUCCACCUAAAGAAGCAGUGGCCCUUGACCAGCAAGGAAAGGACAGACCCCUCCCCCAAAACUGCACUUCUUCUGGCGCUCAGCCACCCCCGGCAACCCAUCAAGAGAUCACAGAGUUAUCUGACCAUAUGUGAGGAGAAACGCCAGAGGAAGAAGGAGAAGCCCAUAUUUUCAGAGAAGAAGGCCACUCUCCAGCGUUCCAAAACCCUCAUGAACCUGUUCUUCAAAAGUACACGGUCAGGGAAGCCAAGCUCAGCCAUUGGGUCACCAGAAACACAGAGGCGAGCCAAGUCCCCAGCACAGUCUGAUGGGGAGAAAGUUAGCGUCGUACAGAAGUUCGUCACCCGGACUCUGAAAUGGGAAAAAGGCCACCUAUUCACCUCUCUGGGCUCGAAGGCUUCAGUGCUGUCAUCUCCUGAUCACUACAGCAGCGAGCAACGCAAAGUCACCGAAAGUCACCUGCUGCUGAUUGAGGACAUGGCCAGGAAGCUGCUGAUGGAAGAUGAGGUAGCGGCUGUGCUGAGGCACUGCACCAGGUACAUCCAAGAGAGUGGAGUGGAAGAUCUUGUGAGGCCCCUGCUAGCAAUUCUCGACCAGCCGGAGAAGUUACUUCUUCUCAGAGAUAUUAGGAGUGUGAUCGCCCCGACAGAUUUGGGCCGCUUCGACAGUAUGGUUGUGCCCGUGGAGCUGGAAGCCUAUGAUGCACUGAAGAGCAGAACAGUGAGGUCACCUGCACUCCGCCCAACACAGCACGAAACACCUCCGAAGAGACAUCUUAUCACUCCAGUGCCUGAUUUCAGGGGCAGUUUCCUCCUGAAACCAGUGACCGAUGAGGAAAAGCGGCAGGAGGAAGAGGAGCAGAUGGCACUGAAUGAUGGAGUGAAAGGAUUGCAGCUGUCUCCCAGCCCCAGACGGACUCACCCCCGCCGCUACAGCCCUCUUCCUGAUGUGCCAGUGGAUGCCUACACGUCCCACAGUGUCCCCUCCGCAGCUGUGGGCAAGGAGUCCCACUGGAUUCUCACUAAGCCCUCAAGAACAUCAGCAAGUCCCCUUUCCACAGUGCCCAUGCAGGAAGCAUUGGCACCCUCCCUAGAGGAAGGGGAUGGACGGCCUGGAAGAGGGAGGUCUCGCGUAUCAAAGUCAAGCAAUGGCAAAGCUACCGUGUGGGGACCACACAGAGAAGUUCAAUCUGCCAAGGAUACCCUGUACUCUGUCAUCAACAGGCCCCGUCGAGCUAGGCCUCUGCUCUCACAGCUUUUCAAGGAGGCCCCAGCUGCUAGCCAAGUGGGAGAUGGGGUCCCAGAGGCUCAGCUCCAAAAUGGCCCCUGUGACCUUGAGGAGGAAGAGUAUGAGCUAGUGACCGUCAGCCUGUCCAAGAGCAAGCAGUCUCUGGGGAUCAGCAUCUCAGGAGGAAUCGAAUCCAAACUGCAGCCAAUGGUGAAGAUUGAGAAGAUCUUUCCUGGAGGAGCAGCAUCCAUGAGUGGAGAAUUGGAGGCUGGCUACGAACUAGUUGCAGUGGAAGGAGAGAGCCUGCAGAAUGUAACACACCAGCGAGCUGUGGACAUAAUCCGCCAGGCCUAUCGCAACAAAGCCAAGGAGCCCAUGGAGAUUGUGGUGAAGGUGCCGAAGAAAACAAAGUAA